AUGACCGAGCGUGUGAAGCACAUUCGUCCUCGCGUCUCUGCCCUCUCUACCACGAUGACCUCAACUACACCACUUCCAACGCUGAGAGCCUCGCUAGAAAAACACAAUGAGACGUUCGAAUCACUCUUGAAGCUUAUACCAGCAAAAUUCUAUCUUGUCCAGAAUCUCACGGACGAACAGAUUGCGUCAAAAUUUCAGAAGAAUAGUAAAAAUCAAAAGGCUCCCAAGCAGGCUAUCAAAGAAGCGUCGAAAAAGGCUAGGAAGGAAAAGCUCGAUCCAGCGAACCAAAAAACGAUAGUCGACUUGCAAAACGAGACAGCUGAAGCUCAGAGACAGGCAAAAGGCAAAGGCAAACGGAAAGCUCUCAGCGACGAGGAAGAAGACGGUGGAGAUGAUGAUGACGUUGCUUUCGACGUCGAUAUUCAGAUGGACGACGACGACUCGGGAGUGGAUGAAGAAGAAGUCGAUAAAAUGGAUGUAGUCGACGCACCUCUCGUACCUAUGGCGCCCACAAGCGAUAUAGCAUCUCUACGGGAAAAGCUUCAUGCGAAAAUGGCUUCACUAAGGCGAGGGAAUGCUCAGCGACCGAAUGGACAAGCGGGCGAUAGGGACGAGCUUCUUGAAGAGCGGAGACGACAGAGAGCAGCGAUGCGGGAACGGAGACGGAAGGAAACGAGGGAAAAGAAGAAGAGGGAAGAAGAGAUGAAGGGUAAAAAAGCAAAGGAGAAACAGCAGAACGAUAAAGUACAGGCGGUGCAACCUAAACCUACCAAGACACAACUUCUCGUACCGGACCCUAAGCCCUCCGUCCUCUCAUACAACCCCCACUCGAAACUUACCACUGUUGCAUUUUCCUCGAUAUCCCAACCAAACGGUGCUGGUCCAUCCAACCCGAAAAACGCUCGACUCAAGACCACCUCUGACCCUCACCAAGCCCUUUCUCAGCUUGCUGCUCGGAAAGAAAAGUUGGCUUCGUUACCUGAGGAGAAACGGAAAGCUGUUGAGGAAAAGGAACGGUUUGAGAAAGCCGAAGCGCGACUGGAGGGUGUCAAAGUGAAGGAUGAUGAAGCACGGUUGAAGAAGGCGGCCAAGAGGAAAGAGAAGGAAAAAGCAAAGACCAAGAAAACUUGGGAUGAGCGAAAAGAACAACUGGCUGCGUCGACGGCCGCCAAGCAGAAAAAGCGUGCUGAUAAUAUCGCUUCUCGGAACGAGCGUAGGAAUGACAAACGAAAAGGUGUGAAGAUAAAGAAUAAGGCACGGCCUGGAUUUGAAGGCAAGGCCUUUGGGAAAGGUAAAGCCAAAGCAGGCGGGAAGGGGAAGUAG